GUUGCCUCAGCUGGUCGUCUGUGCGGACAUAUCCUACCCACUGCAACGCUGUGGCAUUUUUUGUAUUGAAUACCCUGGUAGCAUAUUUGUCACUCGUGGCUACAGCCACAUUUGUGUAGGAUACGGUUGGAAACAUCAUUUUACGCGCAACCCUUUCCUGCACGGAGCAGCGUAAAGCAGCGGAGUAAGGCAGCGAGAGAGAGAGAGAGAGGAGGGAGACGGCAGCGCAUUCGUCCAGGAAUCGAUAAAGAAUAUUUGUCAUCGACGGAUGGACUUGAAUCGGAGAUAGAGAAGGACCCUGGCAACAUAAACAGCAGACAUAUUCCUACCGCUCCCCAGCAAAACCGUGGGGCAGCCUAUUGCGGACGCGGAGAACAGCCUCGCAAAAUAACCAUAUCCUCCUGCUUUUCCGAGCAACAAUGCCGGGGUUUGAUUACAAGUUUCUGGAGAAACCGAAGCGACGGUUUCAGUGCCCACUGUGUAGCAAGGCGAUGCGGGAACCCGUUCAGGUUUCUACGUGUGGACACAGAUUUUGUGACACCUGUCUACAAGAAUUUUUAAGUGAGGGCGUCUUCAAGUGUCCCGAGGAUCAGCUGCCCCUUGACUAUGCCAAGAUCUAUCCGGACCCCGAGCUGGAGCAGCAGAUUCUGGCGCUGCCCAUCCGUUGUAUCCACAGUGAGGAGGGCUGUCGCUGGAGUGGCCCCAUGAAACAGCUGCAGAGUCACUUCUCCACGUGUGCGUUUAACGUGAUCCCGUGCCCCAACCGCUGCGCCAUCAAGCUGACGCGCCGCGACCUGCCCGAGCACCUGCAGCACGACUGCCCCAAGCGCAAGGUGAAGUGCGAGUUCUGUGGCAGUGAGUUCACCGGGGAGGCCUACGAGAACCACCAGGGCAUCUGUCCUCAGGAGAGUGUGUACUGUGAGAAUAAGUGUGGCGCACGCAUGAUGCGGAGGCUGCUGCCGCAGCACAGCAUGGCCGAGUGUCCCAAACGCACGCAGCCCUGCAAGUACUGCGGCAAGGAGUUCGUCUACGACACCAUCCAGAACCACCAGUACCACUGCCCCCGCUUCCCCGUGCAGUGCCCUAACCAGUGCGGCACGCCCAACAUCGCCCGCGAGGACCUGGCCAAUCACGUGAAGGAGAGCUGCGGCAGCGCCCUGGUCCUCUGCCCCUUCAAGGACGCCGGCUGCAAGCACCGGUGUCCCAAGAUGGCGAUCAGCCGGCACCUGGAGGAGACCACCAAGUCUCACCUGACGAUGAUGUGCAGCCUGGUGGUGCGGCAGCGGGCCGAGGUGGCCGAGCUGCGGCGCGAGGUGGAGGAGCUGUCCGUCAGCCACGACGGCGUGCUCAUCUGGAAGCUGUGCGACUACUCGCGCAAGCUGCAGGAGGCCAAGCUCCGCAACAACCACGAGCUCUUCAGCCCCGCCUUCUACACGCACCGCUACGGCUACAAGCUGCAGGUGUCGGCGUUCCUCAACGGCAACGGCAGCGGCGAAGGGACGCACCUGUCCAUCUACAUCCGCGUGCUGCCGGGCGAGUACGACAACCUGCUGGAGUGGCCCUUCUCAUACAAGGUCACCUUCUCCAUCCUGGACCAGAGCGACCCCUCGCUCUCCAAACCUCAGCACAUCACCGAGACCUUCAACCCUGACCCCAACUGGAAGAACUUCCAGAAGCCCAACGUGGCGGCUGGGGGCGGCGGCGGCGGAGGUGGAGGAGGGGGCGGCAGCCGCGACUCAAUGGACGAGAGCAUGCUGGGGUUCGGCUACCCCAAGUUCAUCUCGCACGAGGAGAUCAAGAAGCGCAACUACAUCCGAGACAACGCCAUCUUCCUCAAGGCGUCCAUAGAGAUCCCGCAGAAGAUCAUGACCUAAAGAAGAUGAUGCUGAUGGUGAUGAGGAGGAGGAGGAGGACUUUGUAUAAGAGGUUUCAAAAACCCGGUUCAGAAGUAAAAAACGAAAUCCCUGCCACCGUUUUCUUCCAACACAGGUGACUUUGCUGAGUGACUUGUCAACCUGUCUUGAAUACCCUGCACGAUUAUGUGAAUCAGAGUUGGCUGGUUGGACUUGUGGCAGGGUUUUAUUUUACGUUCUGAACUUUCUGAUUGACACCUCUGCUUCGUACGUACCAACAGUGGGGCCACAGAGAAGAACCAGACAACCAGACGAUUUUGUCACGUGAAGUCAUAAUGAAAACGAGUUUUUUUGGUUUUUUUUUUAAGUCAUAUGGACAAAAGCUGAUUUUAUCUCUUUCGUUGUUUUUUUUUUUCCAAAAAUGGUGAAGAAUGGAGAAAGAUGUGCUGAAAAUGCAUAUUCUUGGUGUUUUUUUACAGACCUUACUUCCCCAAAUUCAGAAGCACUCCUGAAGGACUUGGAGGCCACCUGUGUUUGUUUUUUUGCAUCUGACCAGAUGGAGAAAGCUAGUGAUUUUGUUGUUUUUGGGUUAUUAUUUCUUAAAAAAAAAUAAAAAAUGUAGGAGAUUCGAAGUGGUCGGUCUGCAGAACCAAUCACUCUUGAAUUGUUUUCAAAAAUCGUUACCAGAGAUAUUCUAUAGAGAUAUGACAACAUAAUAGGUUGCUAUGGGCACCUAACGUGACCAGGUUCCGGUCUGCCUAAAGGGGCGCGUCAUAAUGCUCCUACAAUGAAUAGAACAGUCCUUAGGUCUGCCUAGGUCUGCCUAAAGGGGGCCAUAAUAGAACCAGGAAACAAUGGGCCAAUGGAACCUCUCUCUCUCUACUCUCUCUGUCGUUACCCUUCCUUGGAUUGCAUUUUUGACCUGUCUCGUUUUCAUUUUUUUUUCCUGUAACAAUCUGCAUCAAAGCCUUUGGGGGAAAAAAAUCAAUAGUGCCUAGAGAGAGUUGUUUUUACGGAAAAGUUUAUGUUGUUUUUAUUGUCUCUGUGAUGCAGAUAUGAGUGAAGAACCAAGAAAAAAAAGACAAAUGGAUACACUAACAAAACAAAAGGCAAGGUGUGGCAAGGGAGUUUGAGCAGCAAGGUCUUUGCACUUACGUGGAAUGUUUGUUAACGCAUCUCGUUAAAGCUCGUUAAAGCUCGUUAAAGCUUUGGAAGGUCGCACUGAGAGUGUCCGCAGAGGAGACCGGCGAAGAAGAGGAAACGCAUGGAGGACGUUAGGAAUUCAACAGGGACACUCAAAACACACUUGCCUUUUUUACGAACACACACACACACACACACACACACAC